CACACACACACACACACAUACAUACAUUCUCCCUCACAGGCACGCGGCGCGCGCACUCUACUGGACACUGGCUCGCGCUAUCUCUUGUCCUCUUCAAGCCAGCGCGACUUUUGUACUUCCAAAAGCAGGUCCUGGAUAGUAAUCUGCCGUCUAAACAGGACGUUAUUUAAGGUGUGACUCAAGAAGAAAGAGCAAAAAGUGAAUAUGCUCAUUCAAGAAGGCAAAACAACAUGCACAGCUCAUUUCCCGAAGACCAAAGUUGACUGACUCAGACGAGUGACUCAGGACUCGUGUCUGAGCCUAAAUGCGUGAGACGAAGCUGUGGACAAUUAGCAGAUAUAGAGGCCUUCACAUCUUCUCGUUUUAGAACGCACAGCUGUCAAAAAAAAGGGGGUCAGCUGAAACUGUCUGUGCCAGCAGCACGUUUGGGAGUGUUUUUCUUCCUCGGUUGUGCUGAGAACUAAGCGAUGGCCAUGGUGAGAGGGGGGUGGGGAGAUCCCAAUGGGGAGACUAAUGGACUUGGUGACAAGGGGUACUUGAGGGGAGAUGAGGACGACGGGUCACCGCAAGGAGGCGGCAGCGACAUGGAGGCUGGGGAGGAUGAUAAAGGUUGCGUGGUGGACUGUGUGGUCUGCGGAGACAAGUCUAGUGGGAAACACUACGGCGUGUUUACCUGUGAGGGCUGCAAGAGCUUCUUCAAACGGAGUGUCCGACGAAACCUUAACUAUACCUGCAGAUCAAACCGAGACUGCCAGAUUGACCAACAUCACCGCAACCAGUGUCAGUACUGCCGUUUAAAGAAGUGUUUCCGAGUGGGAAUGCGCAAAGAAGCAGUUCAGCGUGGACGCAUCCCACCUUCGCAUUCAAGCCUCAGCCCAUCCACGACUCCGGUGGGCGGCAAUGCCGGCAGCGGCGUGAGCGAGUUCUACAACGGGCAGCCGGUGUCGGAGCUCAUCUCCCAGCUCCUGCGGGCAGAGCCUUACCCUAACAGCCGCUACAGCCAUCAGUACAACCAACAGAUGCAGGGGGGCGGUGGAUCCAUGGGCAUCGACAGCAUCUGCGAGCUCGCCGCCAGACUCCUGUUUAGCAUCAUCGAAUGGGCCCGAAACAUUCCUUACUUCCCUGAGCUGCCUGUAUCUGAGCAGGUGGCCUUGCUGCGGCUCAGCUGGAGCGAACUGUUUAUUCUUAACGCAGCCCAAUCCGCCCUGCCCCUGCACAUGGCUCCGCUGCUCGCCGCCGCAGGCUUUCACUCCUCUCCUAUGUCUGCUGAGAGGGUGGUGUCCUUCAUGGACCAGGUGCGUGUCUUCCAGGACCAAGUGGAAAAGCUGACCCGCCUGCAAGUGGAUUCAGCAGAGUACAGCUGUCUGAAGGCCAUAGCGCUCUUCUCGCCAGAUGCGUGUGGGCUGACAGACCCGGCUCAUGUGGAAAGCCUGCAGGAAAAAGCUCAGGUGGCCCUGACCGAGUACGAGCGCAUGCAGUACCCCGGCCAGCCCCAGCGCUUUGGACGGCUCCUACUGCGAUUGCCCGCUCUAAGGGCCGUGCCCGCCAGCCUCAUUUCUCAGCUCUUCUUCAUGCGCCUCGUGGGCAAAACGCCCAUCGAGACGCUCAUCCGUGACAUGCAGCUGUCUGGCAGCUCCAUCAGUUGGCCGUAUGCUCCCGGACAAUAACCAUCAUCAGGCGUGACCACAAAACCAGUCUGAACGUCUCUAAACUGCAAACUAGUGAGGAUCUCAGUGUGAUUUUGUUUUGUUCAAGCACACAUUCACAUCUGACAUUCACAGUAUCACCUAAUGCAUACAGGGUCAUGGCGAAUUCAGUAGUACAUGGCAGAAGGCUUGAUUGAUGCUCUGUGUGAACUGUUUUACGAGGCCCUGAAGCAUUUUUUUUAAAAUGACUUGAGAAAUAUUGGUUGUCUGCUAGCCAAAGGUAAGAUGUAAGGUACAGUUUCAUAGCGAGUAAUAAAGUGGAAAUUGGUUAAAACCCUAAACAACAAGCUUUGUCAGUUGGGUGUGAACAUGAAAGUCACUUUGGACUGUCCCUGGAGGCAGCAGGAAAUCAAGUCCCCCUCAUAUUCUGCUCUGCCCUGUCCUUGUGUACCACAAAGCCUGAAGGAGGAGGAAGUAGACAUGAUGACAUCCAAAAACCCAAACAAACCAAACCGAAACAGUCAGAAUUGGGACUUAGGCAUUUGUUUUGCCAAUGAUAACUACUUGGCUUGUAUUUUUAGCUCGUAUGCUAAUGCAUUUCUAUGAGGAGAAAUUGAAAUUUGCAAAAGUGGUGUUUGUGAAAUAACCAUUUGACAAAUGAUUUGCGGACUCUAUUUGUACUUUGAGUUAAGGUACACGAAUGAUUCAUUUUUAAUGCACACUGAAUUUGAGAUAGAUGACAAAUAAAAUAGUCAUGUUUUUUUUUUUUUUCCCCCCAGAUGAAAAACCAACUUUCUUCAUGCAAGUUGUGUUCAUCCACAUGCAAAAGACUGUCUGGUUUCUAUUCUACUUUUCUUGUUUGAUUGUUUUUUUCAUACUUACCGGUUAAUGCUAAACUGGUAGUAAAGUCACAUUAUCUAUGUCGACCAAAAGAAAUACCUCUACAGUCUAUUCAGACUCAAAACGACUUUCAGUCAUUCACGGCUGGGUCAACGUUUUUAAAUUUAUCAGCACACUUGAGCUGCUCACUUUACACUAAAGAGGAGUGAUUGGAUCUAUCUGUCUGUUAUGUUUGGCCGUUUUUGCUAAGAAACUGGCACUGCCUGUUUUGUCUUUCGUGGAGCAGUGCUCUGGUGUGACGUUUCACAGGUGACAGCAUGUUGUAUUUGGCUCUUGUUGUGAGAUGUACGUUUUCUAGCCUUAUCAUACAUGUGAAUGACUAAUAUUACCUCAUAUUUAGGCCUCGAAACGGUUCAGGCGGUCUAAUAUACAUAAGCGCAUCAAAACGGCGACAUGUACAGUUUUCAUUUUAAUAUCUUUGUCUUUUUAAAUACUUGUGUAUGACAGCUUGAUUAAACAAAAGUAUCAUACAUUGACUUGUGUAUUUGUGAGAGCUUUUUGUGGAGUUUUUAUAUACAAACUAUAAAGAGAUUGUUUUACAGGAAAAUCAAACAUAUUUACAACUCUUGCAA